AUGGCACCUGCAGCACGCCACCAAUACCGGGCUCCCCAGUUUUUUGCCAUCCUAGCUUUCUUAUCAUGCAUUUUGAUUCAAAUUAUCGGCACCGCGGCCAGUGCUGCUGGUCCAUACGUACGUUUUGGUUCGCCACGGGGGGAUUGGCUAAACCACGGGGGAGACAUAUACAACCGCAGAUAUGCCUCCGGGGAAACCAAAAUUAGCCCUGCAACCGCAUCUAGACUGGGGCUAAAAUGGAAGUUCAAUGCAGGGGGGCUGGUAACCGGAACCCCAGCUGUAUAUGACGGGGUUGUAUAUUUCACGAGUUGGAAUGGGUACGUGUACGCGGUUAAAGCCUGUGAUGGGUCUCUGGUGUGGAAACAGAAUCUGAAACGACUCACCGGUAUCAGUGGGGGCCAACUCCUGGGCUUCAACUCAACCAUAGCCAGAUCAACUCCCACCGUCGUGGCCGGUGAUCUGGAUAUGCUGAUUCUAGGAAUCACGGGGCCUGCUUACGUCAUUGCCAUUAAACGGAGCUCUGGCAGGCUGAUAUGGUCAACUCAACUGGAUACCCAUCCCUACGCUAUCAUCACAAUGUCCGGAACCUAUUACCAUGGAGGUUUUUACGUAGGAGUGUCUUCAUUAGAAGAAAACGCUGCGAUUGAGGAAUGCUGCACAUUUCGCGGUAGCUUCGUCAAGUUAGACGCUCGAACCGGCAGGAUCUUGUGGAAGACUUUCACCUUGCCGGACAACCAUGGGCAACGGGGAGAUUACGCAGGAGGAGCCAUAUGGGGGAGCAGCGCAUCAAUCGAUGCUUCAAGAAAUCACACUGUCAAGAAAGACUAA